UGUUUGUAGUUGCCGCCGCGCCGAGGCCCUCCUUCUCGGUGCGGCUCUUUUCAAUUCGAACUUUGCGGCGGCGGGAAGCCGAUAAAGGGUGUCUCCUACCCGGUCCCAGCCGCGGCGAGGGACCCUGACAGCCAGUGGUGGCGGUGGGUGGUUUAUUUUGGCAUGAGGAAUACAAACAAAGAAUCCCGUGGACCCCCAAACCGAUAUGCACCAUGUGAUUGGUACUAUCAUGUGCCACUAAAGCGAUCAGAGGAGUCUGUUAAUUCGGAAGCUCAACAACAGCCAACAUCCCAGAUCCCAGGUCUCUGUGAUUUUGGAGAUCCUCACAAUGAGAUUACCUUUGGGGGGCGAAGGAAGUGGCUUAAAGACACCGACUCAGAAUAUGUAAAGCUGGCGAAACAAGGAGGUCGACCUGAUUUGUUGAGACAUUUUACACCUACUCCACGAAAAGUGUCUCUGGGGUCUUAUGGUGCACCUGAGUGGUAUUCGCAUCAUAGUAAGCCAGCAGCAGCUGAUGAAUCUAAACCUCGUGUUUCAGCUAUGCCAGACUAUAUGAUUCAUGAAGAGUUUAAGGCUGAUCAGCCUGCCAGCUAUGAGCCUAAGAGAGGGCCUUUUGAUUUUGAUAUGAAAAGUGUUUGGCAAAGAGAUGCUGAGGACAAAGAGAACAAAGACAAAAGAGAGGAAAAUGGAGUGCAAGCUGAGGGCUCUCCGGGCAGCACAAAAGAAGAGAUAAAGCUUCCUGCUAUAACACCAAGAUAUCCACACAGAAUACAACAACCUAUCUCAGCUAAAGAAUUCCAUGGAGGAAACAGGCUUUACUUCCCUCCAAUGCCUGCUCAUAAAAAAAAUGAACCUGUAAACUUCAGCAAAUUGAUCAGCAGCGGUUAUGGGGAUGAGUGGCUUCAGCAGCGUGAUGAAUGGGAGAAAAAGAAUUCCCAACCUAAUGAUUCUCUUCCUCCUCAAAGUGAGUAUCAGAAGAAAAUAGAAAAGAGGCAGAAAGCUAGGAAACAUACAUUGUCAUACAAAAGAAAACCUAGAUCUCAAUCUGGACUUGAAAUGGGGGCCCAGCCUAAGAAGCCAUUCUUCAACCUCAGAACAUUCAGAGACAUCCCAGCCAGAAUCAACACAAACAGACAAUGAGUAAACGUUGACACGUCAUAGAAUUUUCACAGAUUCUCACUAUUUCAAAACAGCAUUGAGUGCAGAAAAUAAGAGUUUAGGAAGCAGCUUUCCAUAGUUAAAUGUUGAUGUGUUGGAUUAUGUGACUUUAACCAGGAUGUUUAAACAGCAGGACACAUUCAUCCCUAUUGGUUUUUCUAUUUGUUUCAGUAAGUUUGCAGCUGAAAUGAGUUUAGUCCUGUAAUCUGCUCCAGUCAGUUGUUGUUGUUUUAAAUGCUGCUGCCCUUAAAUUCCUCAGUUGGUAUCUUAAUAUGCUUUCUGCUUCUGAUGCCAGUUAUCACCAACUCCUACCAAGGUUUGCUUUGUAACCUAGUGUUUUAAAGCUAUAUGAGCUGCUUUAGAGUUGGUGAACAGUCGCAUGCCUUCAGUCGUAGAACCUGGUUAAUAUAUGCUUUGCUAUGGUGUUGCACUACUGAAAACAGUAGUGGAACAAAACACUGAGACCAGUUUGAGUAACAACCUUUGCAAUGCUGAGUCUUUAUUUUUUUCUGUUUCCAAGUGUUGGAUGGGGUAAGUAAAAGCCAGCUUAUUGUGAUGUUUUAUAUAUUUUGAACUUGUAUGUAUAUUGGCAUUGAGAUUAUUAUUCAGAACACUGGACUGAAAUGAUACUUUUCAAUACCAUUCUUAUUUUGUUCUGAUGUAUACUGCACAUCAUAUAAACUUAUAUAAAUACUUGGAUUCUAUUUAAAUAAACAUCAUAAGUGGAAACAG